CUCCCCAGUAUUAUGUCCAAGUACCUGUUCGAUAAGUUUAAUCGCAUGCGAAUGGCAUCAAUUGUAAUUCCACGCAGAUAACAACGACCGGUGAUGGCUUGCCUUUCAUUUUGAUAUCAUGGCGAUCUUUUUGGUUAUGUGUGGGUUCAAUAGAUAGCCAGCCUGAACCAUCUUCAAUUGUGGAAAACAAUAUCAUGCAUUUUGUUUGAACGGGAAUGUGUAGAAAGGUAGCCACUUUUCAAUUUAUAGAUCCAGCUCAGUUCACGCUUGUGACCAGUUGCAAAAGGUUGAACCUUCCACCAGCACAAUGCGAUCGCUUAGAUCCUCUCCGAUUAUUUUGCUUUUGCUGAUUCAUCUUUUCGAUCAUGUGGUAAUAGCUGAUAUUGAGCCGAUUGUUUUGGUGCAUGGCGGGGCGGGGACCAUCAGCGAGGAUAGAAUUCCUGGCAAAUAUCGUGGCUCGAAGCUGGCUGCACGUGUCGGCUACCUGGUGCUGAUGAACAACGGAACUGUGCUGGAUGCUGUCGAGGAAGCAGUGCGGAUUAUGGAAAGCGAUAGCAACUUUAAUGCAGGAUAUGGAUCCGUGCUGAACUACGACGGAGAUGUGGAAAUGGAUGCCAGCAUCAUGGAUGGGGCAACUUUGAAAGCUGGAUGUGUAGCCGGUGUACGUGAUGUUCUGCAUCCCAUUACACUGGCCCGAAGGGUGAUGGACAAAACGAGGCACAACUUUCUAGCCGGACAGGGACUGGUGGACUUUACGAAGGAGCAGGGCAUCGAAAUAAUGUACCCGCCGGGUCAACUGGUGACGCAAUAUGCCAAGGACUCCCUGGACCGAUGGAAGCAAAACAACGAGAAACCCAGCACCGGCGAGGGAGGAACCGUGGGGGCGGUGGCCAUCGAUAGGUUUGGCAACAUUGCCGCCGCUACGUCGACGGGUGGUCUGACGGGCAAACUGCCGGGCAGGGUCGGAGAUACGCCCAUUAUCGGCGCGGGAACGUAUGCAGACAAUCUAAUCGGUGGAAUUUCUGCAACCGGCGACGGCGAUACCAUUAUGAAGGUGUCGCUGGUUUACGACAUUCUGAAGCGUAUGGAAUACCUGGGAGAUGACAUGAUCAAAGCAUCCGAAGAUGCGCUGGCUGCGAUGUCUGGACGCUUGGAUGGCACGGCCGGCAUUGUUGGGCUGGAUGCGAACGGAAAUGUGGCAAUCGUGUGCAAUACGGAGCAAAUCUCUUGGGCGUAUCAGCGAGGCCAGACGAUUGCGUAUGGCGUCCGAAAGGGGGAAAUCAUCGAGGAGCAACUGUCUGAGGGAGAGAUGAUGCUUGAUGUGUGGUCAAUUUUGGAACAGUUGUCCGCGGAAUAUGAUUGAUCAAUGGUAUUUUUUAAAAAUAUUUGUAUUUUGAUGGUUUUCAAGAAAAAAAACUGAACGAUUUGGAAGCUGUCCUCAUAUUAAC